AUGAAAAAAACAAUACAAGUAUCACUAUUGAUAGUGGUCGUGGUGGUGGCAGUUUUAUUGACUGUUGUUUGUGCUCAGUUUGAAUUGGGUGGACUUUCGUUUCAUGCUGUUGUAGAUGAGGAAGAUCCAUAUUACAAUGGAAAGAUUGUAUAUAAUAAUCAAGUGGUGGAUGAUCCAGAGGAGUUGAAGAAGAUUCUGAUUAGUAAGCAACCAAUUCCUAGUAGACUUUCAACGAAUAAUGACAAGAUUGAUUGUCAAGAAUUGAUUUUACAAAAAGUUUCAUCACUCUUCUUUAAGAAACAAACAGAAGAGUAUGGUUUAUGUACACAAUUCAAAGAAUGUAUGUUCAAAUAUGCCAGAGAUGUGGUAUUGCACUUGCUGCAAGUAUUCGAAAUGAAAGCUGAAUUGGAAUUUCCAACUGGAAAGACAGUUUUGAAUUUGGUGAUGAAUAGAAUUGAUAAAUUGGCAAAGGAAACAUAUAUUAAUUUCCAAUCCGAUAAUGACAAAAUCCUUCAAUCCAAAGAAUGUACAUCAACAGGUUCUGACAAAUGGAUCAAGCCAUUAUUUUCCUUUAAUGGAAAUGUUUACACUAAUCCAUGUAAGGCAGCUCAAGAUGAAGCUUCUCAUCCAUUGACCGAUAUUUCAUUCCAUUUUCAGCAUACUACAAUGGAAUUUGAUUUUCCAAAACAACCAAGAAGUUCAGUACCAAAACGAAUUCUUCUCAAACACUACUUGCAAAUAGUCAUUAGAAUCAUCAAGUGUAUCAAGACCUAUCUCAAGGAUCAAUGUAUUUUGAGCACAGAUUCUAGAAUAUUGGACCAUGCACAAUCUCAAUUAGAACUUAUCAUUUUAGAUCUAGAUCAAAUUCCACUUCCAGAAAUGAAUUCUAACCACUCUAACGAAUUUAUUGAACAAGUUCUUCAAUUACAAAAAGACACUAUCCAAAAUAUCAAGGUUAUUCUCGAACAAGUAUCCAGACAUUUUGCCUAA